UGUGGGGAGAGCCGCAAUGAAGACCUUCUGUGCUCCCUGGGUGUCUUCUCUUGCUGCUGUUGUUCUCCUUCUGCUAAUUCCUGAAGGUGGCUGUGUAAGAAUCAUUGGAGGAGAUACAGUGGUUCCUCAUUCAAGACCUUACAUGGUCCUACUUAAACUUGGUAAAAAAGGCAUCUGCGGUGGCGCUUUGGUUGCAAAAGACUGGGUGUUGACUGCUGCCCAUUGUACCACGAAAACGAGUUACCAGGUCAUUCUUGGAGCUCACUCAAAAGACAAGGACGAGCCAGAAAAACAGAUAUUAUCUGUCAAGAAAGCAUUUCCGUAUCCAUGCUUUGACAACCAUACACAUGAGGGUGAUCUGCAGCUUUUGUGGCUAAACAAAAAAGCAACAAUUAACAAAAAUGUGGCUAUCCUUGCCCUGCCUGAAAAGGGGGAUGAUGUGAAACCAGGAACCAGAUGCCAAGUUGCAGGAUGGGGGAGAGUUAAUAAUAAUAAUAAAUCACCUCCCUCUGAAACUCUGAGAGAAGUCAACAUUACUGUCAUAGACAGAAAGAUCUGCAAUGAUAAAAAGCACUACAAUUUUAAUCCUGUAAUUGGACUGAAUAUGAUUUGUGCAGGAAACCUCCAUGGUGGAAAGGACUCAUGCGAAGGAGAUUCUGGAAGCCCUCUGGUGUGUGGCGGUAUUUUCCGAGGCAUCACAGCUUUUGGCCUUAGUGGGAAAUGUGGAGCUCGCCAAGGGCCUGGCAUCUAUACUUCUCUUUCACAGAAGCAUCUCUCAUGGAUAAAGAAGACUAUGAAGGGCGCAGUUUAGAUGCAUGAAUUUCAUUUCAUCUGCUGUCACUUCUGCAUCUAGUCACAAAUAAAAUCAAUUG